AUGCCAAUAUAUGACUAUGAAGGAUACCUAGAUAACGAUGAAGUUGAGUCUAAUGUGGAUAAUGCCAUUGAUGCAGCAUGGGAACUCCAACAAAAAAAGACUUUUACUGCAUGGUGCAAUGCUCACCUACGAAAUGUUAAUGAAUCGAUAGCUGUUAUUGAAAAUGAUUUUCGAGAUGGAUUGAAGCUUAUGAAACUGCUUGAAGUGAUUUCAGGCGAACAACUCCCAAAACCUGAUAGGGGGAAAAUGAGGUUCCACAAGAUUGCAAACGUUAACAAAGCUCUUGAGUUUAUUAAGAGCAAAGGUGUUAAAUUGGUAUCCAUCGGCGCAGAAGAAAUUGUCGACGGCAAUACAAAAAUGACUUUGGGGAUGAUAUGGACGAUUAUUCUUCGCUUUGCAAUCCAGGAUAUUCAAAUUGAAGAUUCGUCUGCAAAGGAGGGUUUACUCCUUUGGUGUAAAAGGCAAACUACGCCGUAUAAAAAUGUUCGCGUUGAAAACUUCCAUACAAGUUUUAAGGACGGACUGGCGUUCUGUGCAAUCAUUCACCGAAAUCGUCCAGACCUAAUUAAUUAUGCCCAGCUCAAUUCGAGUGACCCAGUCAAGAAUUUAAACCUUGCGUUCGAUGUUGCUGCUGCACAUCUUGAUAUUCCUAAAAUGCUCGAUCUUGAAGAUUUGAUGAACUGUGAGAAAUGGGAUGAACGUUCGGUCAUGGCAUACUUGUCUUCAUACUAUCACGCGUUCUCAGGUUCCCACAAGACAAAUAUUGCAGCUACUCGGAUCGCUAAUAACCUUCGGAUAAUUCGCGAAAACCAAAAGCUAAAAGGAUCUUAUGAAACCAUUUCCAGUGAUCUCUUAAGUUGGAUACAAAUGAAGCUCGAAGAAUUUGGACAUCGUGAUCCUCAAACAUCCGUUUCUGCCGUCGAGAGACUACAGCAUAAAUUUCGUCUCUACUGCCGUCAAGAAAAACCACUCAAAUUGCAAGAGAAAGCUCGCCUAGAGACAACAUACAAUACACUUCAGACCCGUCUACGCUUGAAUAAUAAAUCGCCUUAUGUACCUGCUGCUGGGCGUCUGUUAACAGAUGUGACUAAGGACUGGAGUUCUUUAGAACAUGCGGACAAAAUUUACGAGGAGUGGUUACUGGAGGAGUUGCAGAGGCUUGAGCGCCUUGAAUAUUUGGCAAAGAAAUUUGAAGUUAAAUGCUGUACACAUGAGGCGUGGACAGAUGGAAAACUGGAAGCACUUGCUUCGAACGAUUUUCGCUCAGCUACGCUGGCCGAAAUACGAGCAUUUCAAAAGAAACACGAAGCUUUUCAAUCGGAUAUGACUGCCCAUCAUGCCCGCGUUGAGCGUAUCCAAGCCCUCUGGGAAGAACUUAAUAAACUGAAUCAUUUCAACAUGCAAGCUUUCAGUCAACGCUAUAAAUCCAUUGUGACUACAUGGGAUGAAAUGAAAAGGUUAUCUGUUCAACGAGAACGAGAAAUAUCUAAAGCUUUGACCGUUCUCGAGGAAAUAGAUCAACUACAUUUGGAUUUUGCAAAACGAGCAGCACCUUUCAACAACUGGAUGGAGCAAACAGAAGAGGACUUACGGGACACAUUUAUUGUUCACACGAUGCCUGAAGUGGAGCGGUUAAUUGCAGCUCAUCAAACAUUUGAAAAUACCUUGGAUGAAGCUGAGAAUGAAAGUCGUCAACUUCAAUUAUGUGCACAAAAAGUUGAACAAAUCGCUGAAGAAUAUAAACUAGUGAAUGCUAGUCAAAAUCCUUACACAAAUAUUAAGCCUUAUGAACUUCCCCAACGUUGGAAUAUGAUUUGUGAAUUAACCCAAAAACGCAGUGCAUUACUACAUAGUGAACGUGAACGUCAAUUGGCGAAUGAUAAAUUACGCCGUGAAUUUGCACAAAAAGCUGAAGCAUUCAAUUCAUCAAUUGAAAUGCAUCGAGCUGAAAUUGUUAAAGUUGGCAUGGAUUCACAUGGUUCAUUAGAAGAUCAGCGGGAUUAUUUACAGAAAUUAGAAACUGAAUUGAAUAAACAUCAGAAUAAAUUGAAUGAGUUGGAACAUGUUAAUCAGGCGUUAGAAGAUGCAUAUGUAUUUGAAAAUCCGUAUACUGUCUAUUCAAUGCCAACAUUACGUGUUGCAUGGGAGCAGUUAUUUACGUUACUUCAUUAUUCAGCCAAUGAAAUAGAUAAUCAAAUAUUAACUAGAGAUUCAAAAGGAUUAACAGCUGAACAAAUGAAUGAUCUACGUACAUGUUUCAAACAUUUUGAUAAAAAUAAUACAGGUCGUCUAGAACCGAAUGAAUUUAAAGCUUGUCUUGUUUCGUUGGGUUAUAAUUUUAGAGAUGAUAUUAAAAAUUCAUUGCCAAAUUUGACUUCUGGUUCUCGGGGUUCUGUAUGCGCGGAAACUGACUUCUCGCGUAUUAUCAAUGAAGUUGAUCCUGGACAUACAGGUUUUAUAUCAUUCGAUGCAUUCUUGAACUUUAUGACACGUGAUAAUGUCGAUGAGGCGACAGAAGAGCAGCUGAUUCAAUCAUUCAAAACACUAGGUGGUGAUAAGGGUUACAUCACUGCUCAAGAUAUCAAAGAACGUCUAUCUGCCGAUAAUUCUGAAUAUUGUCUUAAGAAUAUGACUACGUUGAAUGGACCAUUGGGAGAUUCUGACGCAUUGGACUAUGAACGUUUUGUUCAUAGUAUAUGUGGUCAAAAUUCAAUCUGA